AAUCCAUUAUCCUUUUGCUCUUCCAUGUCGUUUCUUGUUUGCGGCGUUAAACUCUAGAAUUUCCCGGCACCAAUAAUAUACUUUCAGAAUGCUCUGGCACUGUCUUCGUUCACGACUUGUGGCUACGGCAGUACUUGUUUUCCUCCCUUACACAACCCACGCAUGGUCAUCUUUGGCGGACGGAAUAAUUGCUGGAUUGAAUAAUGCUGCGGAUUGUGCUUCCUGCCACUCGCUUCUUGUGACUUUCAGGGCUACUGCUGCGCUGGGGGACGACGCGUUCGUCAAUUCAUUGAAGAGUCUCUGUAAACGACUCAAGCUUCAAGAUACAGAUGUUUGCGAUGGUAUCUUUGAGAGCGUCGGGCCCGUAGUUGCUCAUGACCUAAGAUCCAUGUCUCCCUUCGGCCAGACCUCGACGAAAUUCUGCAACGCUAUGCUUGGUCUCUGUAGCGAACCUCCCGUAAAUACUUAUACUGUCCCUUUCCCAAAGUCAGCUCCAGAGAAUCCCAAAGAAUUCAAAUCUCUUGGAAGACCGCCUUUUCAGGUUGUUCACUUCAGUGAUGUCCAUAUAGACCGUGAAUACUCGGUUGGCUCUGAAGCAAACUGCUCCAAGCCGCUCUGCUGUAGAGAAUUCUCCGACCAAUCUGAACCUACGACGAUACCUGCUGGUCCACUUGGCGACCAUGCAUGCGAUACGCCACGCAACCUUGUGGAGUCAAUAGUGAAGGCAAUUGAUACCACAAAUAAUACUUUCUCGAUCUUCACAGGCGAUAUCGUUGAUGGCGCUGUAUGGUUGGUAAACCAAGAAGAUGUUACCGCAGACAUCAACCUAUUUGGUGAAGAGUUUAAAAUGGCUCUCCAGGCGCCUGUAUAUCCUGCCUUGGGAAAUCAUGAAAGCGCCCCCGUGAAUUGCUUCCCCAGGUUAACCACCGAAAGCCAUGCGAAUGACUCUCAAUGGGUGUUUGAGACGAGUAGUGCACAGUGGCGCCCUUGGAUCGGGAAUGCUGCAGCAGAUCAGAUUGUUCACCAUUCUGGAAGCUAUUCGCUGGUUGUCCCCGACACCAGUUUACGAAUUAUAUCUAUCAAUUCUGGAUUUUGGUACAAGAUGAAUUUAUGGCUGUAUGAUUCUGAUGAUCAGCAACCGGAUCCAAACGGCAUUUUGUCAUUCUUGGUCUCACAGCUUCAACUCGCCGAGGACCUAGGUCAAAGAUCUUGGAUUAUUGCACAUAUGCCUCCCGGAGGCGGGGACGUCUUACUUGACCAGGUACUUCUGUAUCUGAGUUCGAUCCUUGAUAGAUUUCUAAUCAUAGCACAGUCGAAUUACUACGACCAAGUUAUUCAGCGAUACAGAAACACUAUAGCUGGGCAAUUUUUUGGACAUACGCACGCGGAUGAAUUUCAGCUGGCUUAUUCUAACUAUAGUGACCAGAGAAAGGACACGGCGACAAGCGUGGCGUGGGUUGCACCGGCAUUGACACCCAGAAGUGGGAACCCUGCUUUCAAGGUCUACGAUGUCGAUCCGGAUACAUACGAAAUCAUGGACGCAAAAACGUAUUCAACUGAUGUAUCGCACCCGGAGUACCAAAUCGAUCCGGUAUGGAAGAUGGUCUAUAGCACGAGGGAUCUUUAUGGUCCAUUAAUAGCUGGCGGUCUCGACUCUUCUGAUUCUCUCUCGCCUUCAUUCUGGCACCAGGUCACGGAACUACUAGAGACCGAUAACCAAGCGUUUCGGAUGUUCCAACACUUGAAGAGACGUGCCGGUAGGGGUGACUGUAGUUCUGAUGAUGAUAGCAAUGAGGAUUUUGUCGAAUGUAGACGCCGUUCGAUAUGCCAGCUCCGGGCACAACGGAGCGAGAAUAAUUGCGUUGAUGUACGCCGGGGAUGGAUCUGGAAAGGCAAGCCACCCGUCGAUGUGAAAUUGACUACUUUGGAACGUGAGUGCGAAGGUGUAGGCGCUGGUUCAAUCUUGAGGCAGAUGGUCCAUGCCACCAAACAGAUCGACCAGUCGACGAAGAGUUCACUCCGCGCGCAUCUCAAUAGUGUAUUGGUGCCUGCACAGGAACGCCAUCGUAUGGAGCCUUCUUCCAUCUUUACCUCUGGCUCGGAUGGAAUACAGCGAGUUAUGGAAAUCCCAUAACCUUCAAGUUUACGCUACGACAGUUAUUUGGUGUAUAAUUCCUGUGAUUCUGUUCUUACUUUGGCGAAGAAUAGUUGAUACGUGUAAUUUUUUGUAUGUUCUGCUAAAAU